GAACGUCGCGCCGCCGAGGUCCGGAGAGCAAGAGAGGAGAUGAGUCGCGGGGCGAGCGGGGUGGCGGCGAAGGGAGGGAAGAAGAAAGGGUCGACGUUUACGAUCGACUGCGCGAAGCCGGUGGAGGACAAGAUCAUGGAGAUCGCCUCCCUCGAGAAGUUCCUCCAGGAGCGCAUCAAGGUCGCCGGCGGCAAGGCCGGUGCCCUAGGCGACCAGGUCGCCGUUACACGCGACAAGUCCAAGAUCACCGUCACCUCUGAGGGCCCCUUCUCCAAGCGGUAUUUGAAGUACCUGACGAAGAAAUACUUGAAGAAACACAAUGUGCGGGAUUGGCUUCGAGUGAUUGCAUCCAACAAAGAUCGCAGUGUUUAUGAGCUGCGAUACUUCAAUAUUGCGGAGAAUGAGGGGGAGGAGGAAGAUUAAUUGUCUUUUCCAGUUCUAUAUGCUAUGCUUGUUUCAGUUAAAUUUUGAGGUUUUAGAAGGUUUCUUUUUCAUCUGAGGCUGCCAUAUUGGAACUCUAUAUUCCUGUCUUUGCAUUUAUAUGACUAGAAUUUGUAAGCUUCUAAUUACCAGGAAUCAAAUUGUGUUGGUAUUGCCGUUACAUCUU